CAUCAUCUUCUCAGUUACAUCGCAGUAGCGUAGUUGGACUCGAAAGCGUGAUCGCAAUCUCACGAGAUCGAUACGAUCCAUCCAUUCCUUUGCCUUGCCCUCUUUCUCCUUCUCCCGUUGCCACUCCACGCGUUAGAUUUCGAGCGGCAAGGGAGGAGUCGCCUUCCGUCGCCCGUCCCCUCCUCGAUCGCGCCCCCUCCGCCGCCAGGAGGGCAGGAAACCGACGUACCACCGACCGAUCGCGAACCCUAGCCAGGUCCGGAUCGAGAAUCUGCCCUCCAUUUCCCCGAUUCGCCGCUCCUCUCCCCGCUUGCGUCAUUCUCCCCUUGCCCCAAGCCCCGGUUCCUCGCCCGGGGCUGAUCUCCCCGCAGCCGAGAUCGGGGGCUGAAGGGCCCGGGGGACCGCGGACCGCAAUCCAGGGGGCAGCACGAUUUGCUUGAGAGGAAAGGGAGGAAGAGUGGGAGAGAGCUCAAUUUGCCGAUCAUCGAGUGGUGACGCAGAGGCUGCCCUUUUGUUCUCAUUCUCCUCAAUGGCGCCGAUUCUUUUCGUCGUCGUUGCAUUUCCAUGUACGGUUGGAGCCAUGGCGCUGGCGGUGCUUCAUAUAUACAGGCACCUCUUGAAUUACACCGAGCCUACUUAUCAGCGCUACAUUGUCCGCAUCAUCUUCAUGGUUCCGGUCUAUGCGAUGAUGUCAUUCUUGUCCCUCAUCCGUAGUGAUCAUUCAAUAUACUUUAAUUCUAUUCGGGAAAUCUAUGAAGCUUGGGUCAUUUAUAACUUCCUUUCACUCUGCUUGGCGUGGGUGGGAGGCCCAGGUGCAGUAGUUUUGAGUUUAAGCGGUCGAUCUUUGAAGCCAUCAUGGUACCUAAUGACGUGUUGUUUUCCUGCUAUUCCUCUUGAUGGACGAUUUAUUAGAAGGUGCAAGCAAGGUGGUUUGCAGUUUGUGAUCUUGAAGCCUCUUCUAGUUGUCAUUACCUUCAUACUCUAUGCAAAAGGGAAAUAUAAAGAUGGAAAUUUCAGCGUGGACCAAGCCUAUCUUUACAUCACAAUUAUCUACACCGUAUCAUAUUCUAUGGCAUUGUAUGCUCUUGCUUUAUUCUAUGUGGCAUGUAAGGAUUUGCUCCGGCCCUUCAACCCAGUUCCAAAGUUCAUUAUAAUCAAGUCUGUUGUUUUCCUCACAUACUGGCAGGGUGUCUUGGUUUUUCUUGCGGCCAAGUCAAGGUUCAUUAGAAAUGCAGAAGAAGCUGCUGAUUUUCAAAACUUUGUGUUAUGUGUCGAGAUGCUUGCGGCAGCUGUUGGCCACUUUUAUGCAUUUCCGUAUAAGGAAUAUGCAGGUGCCAAUGUCGGUGCUUCUGGUGGUCUGAGGGGAAGCCUUUUUCAUGCUUUGAAGUUCAACGACUUCUAUCAUGACACAGUUCAUCAGUUCGCCCCUACUUAUCAUGACUAUGUACUGUAUAAUAACAACGAGAGUGAUGAGGGAGCAACAAAGUACCGAUCACGGACCUUUGUGCCUACCGGGCAGGAGAUGGAUACUGUGAGAAAGAACAAACAUGCGUAUGCAGGGAAGUUAGAUGAUAUACAGUUGUCUAGUGUCUCUACAUCAGGUUCAAGCAGCCCUGUGAUAUCAAACACACUGCAAGCCCAAGCAGACCUGGAAGCAAUCAAAUCUUCAUUGCUCAAAGAAAGUGCUACUGCUUCUGCACAACCAUAUGAUCUUUCAGUGUUAGCUGAUACCGAUUUGUCAAACUACCCUGCGGAGGUUCCUGCAGUUGAUGACUCCGACAAACCAUAAUGUUAAUUGAUUUUAGUAGUUAGCGGAAGCGAAGCUAGGAGGUCUUGAACUGCACUCCACUGGCUGUACUUUGCUGCUGUGUUUGCAAAACUGGGAAGCCUACAAUUUCCCGUUGCUUCAGUGAAAGGUAAUACUAUACCUUCAAUGAUUUUGCUUCUCGCUUGAAUGCUAGUCAGGAUUGAGAGCAUGUUUGUACAUUUUCUGUUAGUGUCAUUUAAUGGAAUACCUGCAAUGAUUUAUUUGUUGGUUGAA